CUUUUCUUUGUCGCUGGCUUCACCUUCCUGUUUUCUUCACAACUGUGUCGUAGGCUUACACGACUUUUUAUUUUUACCGUGAAUAAUAUUACUAAUAACACAGAACCUAAUUAAUCUUUUGGAGGGUGUGAAAAAGAUCUGCAACAUUAUGGGAGGUGGUGAUCUCAACUUGAAGAAGAGCUGGCACCCACAGACUCUCAAAAAUAUUGAGAGAGUAUGGAAGGCAGAGCAGCGGCAUGAGGCAGAACGCAAGAAGAUUGAGGAGCUGCAGAAGGAGCUACGUGAUGAGAGGGCUCGUGAAGAAAUCACCAGAUAUGCACAGGAAACAGGCACUCUGAAGAAGAAAAAUGACCGCUUGGACUGGAUGUACCAGGGGCCAGGAGGCCAGGUGUCCCGGGAUGAGUACCUACUUGGGCGCCCCAUUGACAAGCAGAUCACGCAGCAGUAUGAGGAGCCUGAGAGUGGACCAUCUGCCCAAACUGGUCUACUUCCAGGCUCUAUCUUUUGCCUCACCACCCCAGCUUCCACCCUUGACCUGGCUACCAAGAUCCGAGAGGACCCACUUUUUGCCAUUAGAAAACGAGAGGAGGAAAAAAAGCGGGAGGUUCUAACCAACCCUGUGAAAAUGAAGAAAAUUAAAGAGAUGCUGCAGCGCAGUCUUGAGAAGAAAGAAAAGAGGAGGAAGAAAGACAAAAAGGAAAUAAAGCAGAAGAAAGGGAAAAGGAAGGAGAAGAAGCACAAGCAAUAUGACACAAGAGAGAAGAGUUCCAGCUCUGAAGUGGAGAAUCCCAGGUCUCAUCGCAUGGACGGUGUCCCAACUAAGUUGAAUUCUCAAUCGAAUGAUACAUCUGGUUACGGGCUGCAGCUCCCAGGCCGUGGGCAAUGUCAUCAAGUAGGUGUUCCCAUCCACCAGGGGAGCAAUUACCAGGAAAAAUCAAGGAGUCACUCACCUCACAAGGAUGAGGGCAGGAGCUCUGUCUCUGAGAAGGCUAACAAAAAGAUCCAGCAUAGGCCACGAAGCCCCUCCUCACACAAGAAGCAUUCUCAGAGACAUCAAGACAUCAAACACACCAAGCAUCUGUCACGAGAGGAGCUGGAGAGGAAGCGACAAGAGAUGAUGGACUUUGCCAAGCAGCGAGAUGAGCAGAGGGUGAGCAACGUGCAGAAAUACCGGCGUCAGGAGGAACAGAAGAAGGAGCUGGUCUCUAAGUACAACCAGCAUGCUGGCUUCAUCCAUGAUGUGAAGCUGCAAGGUGCUUGCUCCACUCUAGAGGAGCGGGUGAAAAGGAACAUUCACUCUCUGCAGAGAACUCCUGCUGCCCUUGAGAAAAACUUCAUGAAUAGAUAACUAUAAAGUUAGAUGGAUACAUAAUAGAUGGAGAGAGGGAAGGAGGUGUGUGUGUGUGUGUGUCUAUAUACACACACACACACACACACACACACACAACACUGCAUCAGUCCUACACAUUAAACAGUUGCGUCGCUCACAAAAUACUUUUUCCCUUUUCUUGUGUCUUUGUUCCCUGAGAAAGCAGUGAAGGGACAUUCAGGUUCAAAAAAACGGUAGUGAUGUAUUUCUGUGAAAGCUUUGGAAAAUAUGAUUUAUUUGUUUCAUAUGGGAGUUUAAAGUGCAUCCGAGACCAUACGACUUGAAAUACAACUUUGGACCCCAUUGUUCUUACACAGUCAUAUAUUUACUUUGAUUUACUGUGUUUAGAAAUAUGUUGUUAAUAAAGUGAUAUUCAGGUAUAAUUUCAUAGUUUUAUGAGUUUUAAAGUUAAAAGUACAAUUUAUUUCCACUUGUGUAUCGACUGUAACAUGUUAUUAAACCAUGAGAAAAUAG